GUAAUGUCAUUUUGUACGGUAACUUGGCCUUAUAUGUAAAGUUUUAAAUGUUUUAUCUGUUAUUAUUUUAUGUUAAAAAUUUGAACAUGUUCUUUCGAAAAUGUUUUGUAUGAAUAUACGUGUUUUUUGUUGCCAGGUCGCGAGUUUCUGGAAACCCGUCUUUGUGGCUUAAAAACAAAUGAGCAGAAUGAGUAUGAGCUGAUAUCCCGGAGUGCAGUCAUCGACGGCGGUUGAAAUGGGGCGGACGCAGUACAUAGCGUGCGCGCUUCUUCUAUUGUGCCCGCUUGCUUUAAGUCGGCACGAUGACGACUUCGCUUUCGACAAUAGCGACGAGUUUCAGCUUGAACUUACAGCAAACCAUUCAGAGAUAGCAAGAAACGGCCUAAAAAGACUAUGGGGUGUACCGGACACGCCGGCGUACGUCGGGCAUCUCUUCCGGAUGGAAAUACCCAAAGAAGCCUUUACCGGAGAAGUGUUAGCGUAUAAGGUUCGACGCGAAGACGGGCGGCGCAUGCCCAGCUGGCUGGCCGUGGACUCAAAGCACGGUCUGAUCAGCGGCAUCCCUCAGCAUGGCGACCUAGGUCCGCACACCUUCACAGUCACCGCGCACGGUCGAACACAUGGCCUCACCGCUACAGAUUCCUUCACCAUAGAGGUGAAAAAAGCCGAAGAGAAGCCUCAUUCGAAGUACGGCACGUGCAUCGGCAACGAGAAACGCCUGAUCCUAAUCAUCCUCAUAGACGGGGCGUUCCAGCAUAUACCGUCGAGACAGCGGAUCCGCGCGCUCAUGGAGCUUGCCAACUUUAUGGCUAUCGAUGGAGAAGAGUUCUGGAUUGCUCCGUACAAGUCUGACUCUGAGCAGGCCCAGAGCGUGCUUAUGGCCGGGCCGGGCAACUCGCAGCGGAGGCGAGGCGACGCCACUACUGCUAUCUAUCUCAACGUGGGGUGCGGCGAGAAGAUGUGGUCUAGACACAAAGUGCUGGUGGCCGGUAUAAGAGAACAAGCUCGUGACGGUACAUUGGCGCAUCUCUUACGCCUUCCCGUACUGGGAUGGCGACUGGCCGCUGCGCGUGCGCCGCCUCGACACAAGCGUCAGUCGGACAUGGACGAGGGCUCCGGCCUCGACGAUAUCUACGACGACGAAGGCGACGCCGAUGACGGCGAGGACGACUUCAGCGGCGACGGCUACGAUGAUGAUUACGGCGAGGUGGCCCCCUCCCCGCACCCCCAUCGCCACCACCACGGCGACCCCAUCGCGACACACACCACCGACACGUUUCAGGCCGCGACCGACACCGAACCGACCCCUAAACCUACCACUACCCCUCCCACGACCCAAACUAAACCUACGACUACCCAAACUAAACCUAUGCCUACCCAAACUAAACCUAUGCCUACCCAAACUAAACCUAUACCUACCCAAACUAGCCCAGUUCCUACCCAAACUCAACCAACGACGACAACCCAACUCACCACCCUUAAGACCACUACGGAAGAACACACCACCACCACCGAGGGAACCAGUCCCGAGCCCGCCUCUACUAAUACGUAUACGACGAAGGAACCUGAAGUGAAGAUAGAUCCUAUAUCGGAGCCGGUUUCCGAGUCGAGCAACGUCAGUUACACUCUCAAACUACCGAUUAAUCCUAGGCUAUACCCAAUAGACAAGACUGAAAUCAUACCAGAGGAAACGCCCACAACACCAGAAGUUGACAUGCAAACAGUAAUUAUACGCGAGACGUACAAUCUACCGACCUCAUCGGCGGCGUCUGUGCCGAUGACGUCAUCAGAGAUUCCGACAAGCCCUAUACCGGAGUCUACACCAAUAUCGUCGACGCCCGUAUCCCCGGUGUCAAUACAAGCAGCGAUACCUCCUGUGGUAUUACUGUCACCGAUUAAUACCACUACUGCAGUGCCGACAACUACUACGGAGCAGAGUACCACGCUGGUGGCUGCGUCUACAACCCAAGAGGUUCCAACAACUAGUCAGGAGCCAGCGCCAUCUAGCGAGAAAUCUAGCACUAUAAUCGGUCGCACGACGGAAACGGUGACGUUCCCAGCGCCGGUUACGAUACCGCUACCUGUUAAUCAACCGCCAACGCUCAAACACCACAUGAAGAAACUCGCGAUCACAGCUGGCAAGGCCUUCAGAUACAUAAUCCCUGCGGACCUGUUCACUGACCCGGAGGAGGGCAGCAACCUCACCUUCACCAUGUAUUUAGCUGAUAACGUGCGUCUCAGCAAGACAUCCUGGAUACAGUUCAUACCGUCCGGACGAGAGGUCUACGGAUUACCAUUAGAAGCGCACGUCUCUCGCUGGAACUUCAUAGUCGAAGCCCAAGACAGCGAGGGACUCGUCGCACGCGGUCCGUUAGACAUAACGAUCCAGCAACACAAGAGCGUUCGGACUAUCAACCACAAGUUCGUGAUGGAGUUCAAACUCAUCAGGGACUACAACAACACGAUAGACUGGCAGAUCAAAGCCCUGGAAGGAUUGGUUAACCUCUUCAGGGAUACAGAUAUGGAUCAUUUGACUGUGUUGAAUGCGACCCAGAACGGCGAUAUAUGCCAGUUUGUGUGGACGAAUGACACGCUGCCCAAGGACCCUGCGUGCCCGAAAGAUGACAUAAAGCGUCUUAUGAAGAUAAUGGAAUCCGACACUGAACCGGGCAGUCCCUCGGCCGGAUUAGCUCGCGCAAUGUCGCCCGAACUCAAAGUCAGCUCCGUAUCGUGGGAAGGUGUUGGGGCGUGUUCAAACAGCGCGGGUCCCGUCACCCACGCGCCGGAUACAUAUCCUCCCGUCACCAGGAACCAGGUCGACCAUCUGACCGCGACCGCCGGCCAUCUGUUUAUCUACAAAGUGCCCGAGGACACGUUCUUCGACCCUGAAGACGGUGGAACCCGCAACCUUCAUCUCAGCGUCCGUUACGACGACCGCUCCGAACUGCCCGCCGGCCACUGGCUUCAGUUCGAUGCUAACAACCAAGAGUUCUACGGCCUGCCAGCGCCCGGAGACGAGGGCAGCGUGCCUUACCAACUGAUCGCUGAAGAUUCCAGCAAGAAGAGCGCGUACGACAGCAUAGUAGUCGAAGUGCUGAAAGCACCUUCAAUCAGGCCUACAGUGGAAUUCCAAAUGACGAUGGAGUAUCCGUUCCCCAUGUUGGCUUACGACGCUACCAAUAAGAGGAAGGUUGUCGAAAAACUGGCCGCACUCUUUGGACAAAAGGCCACGGACAAUAUAAGGAUAGACAAGAUCACUGAUAACCCAACUACGAUUAUUUGGUACAACACCAGCUUACCAAUGGACAGGUGUCCUAAGAAAGAGAUCGAGGAACUUAGAAAAAUGAUAAUCGUAGACUACCGAGGCUCGGCCGCCGCUCUCAAGGAAAACGUCGACCAUGUAUUCGACAAAGACCUUAAAGUCAUGUCGAUAAGGCUCAUUCCGCAAGGAUUAUGCGCCGAACAGAACACAAAGAUACCAAAGACCACAAUACAAGUGCACCCCGGUUCUAAUCCAGUAAACCAGCAUAGCAGUAAGACGGCUAGUGCCAAUGACAACGGAUAUUUGAUCACUUUCGUUAUACCGGCGGUGGUUAUCGUCUGUAUGAUAUUGGUCGCUGGUAUUAUCGCCUGCGUCCUUUACAGAAGACGGCGAACAGGUAAAAUGAGCGUAGGCGACGAGGAGGAGCGGCAAGCGUUCCGCUCCAAAGGCAUUCCGGUCAUAUUCCAGGACGAGCUAGAAGAACGCGCGGACACAGAGCCCGUCCACAAGAGCCCCGUGAUAAUGCGUGAGGAAAAACCGCCGUUAUUACCUACCGCCCCCGACUAUAGGCAUGCGGAUGACGCCCCUUAUCGCCCCCCUCCCCCUUUCGCAUCCACAAGAACCCCCCCUAGACCAAAAGCCACGCCCACAUACAGAAAACCCCCUCCAUACGUCCCGCCUUAAGACACUGCCUCAUUAAAUAAGUAUAUAUUAUUACUGUAGGUUAGCAACGCAAACCGCCGCGUUAUAAUGUUGGUAACGACUCAAUUUAACUUUCUCGUUUGAAUGUCAUUGGAAUUUGUGGAGAUUUACGUUUCUGCGAUCAUUGCAAAAUAUCCUAGUUUAGUUUUUUAUGAGCGUUAUUAUUAUUAUUAGAAAUGUUUAACAUCGUAACUGCUUCUUUUUCUUAAAUCCGUUAACAUUUAUUGUAUUUAUUUUCACUUGAGCAAUGAUCGCACAGACGAUCAUUCAAUCAAUCGAUUCUACGAAUUCGACCUACAAUAAAAUACAAAAUUGCAUAAAUAUCUAAUAAAAACUGCGUCCACAACUAGUCGAGUCGUUCAGUUGCAGCUGAUUAUUCAAAUUAAUAAUUAAUUUAUUGACGACUUUUUGUUAAUUACCCGUAUUAUCUUUGGCAGCAUUUAAUUUUGUAUAAGAAAAAACUUUUUUUUUGUUUAUUUAACGUAAUAUGCAUUUAGUACACCUACAUAUUUUUUAUGUUAUUAUCGUCGUAACAAGGAAUUGUUCACAUACACAAAGUGUAACUACGAAUUUUAAAGCAACGUCAUGAGAUACCUGGCUUCAUUAAAAACAUGGUAUGAAUAGGUGUUGAUCGUUUCAAUUAUGUAAAAAUUUGAGACUUCGCUGAAAACUUACUAUAAAUAACUAUAGUGUUAUUGUUGAAUUAGAGACAAUGUUACUUAGCUUGAUAGGUUAAGCAUUGAUUGAUACGGCAUGCUAAUGCAAUAUGCCGUUCAGUACCCCUCGAAUUUUAAAAUGCAACCUAGCUACACCUAUAAUAUUGAUAUGGCACAAUCAUGAACAUGCUUUUUAUUUGAAAAUAUACCUUAGUUUUUUACUUUCUUAUUAAUUCACUCUUAAUAAUGUCUCAAAC